GAAAAGACAUAUUAUCAAAUUAGAUAUCAUUAAAAACGUAAAUUGUGUAAAUAUUGACGGUACAAAGCAAGUAUUGAAAUUAAUGAUCAACUCUUUGACAGGCACUAUUUACAAUAUUGAGAAAACACUUACGUAAUUUUACUCUGUGGACAAAUCUCAUAGACUUCAACUUGAAGUAACUAAUGAGCGCUAACAUGGCUGCUAAGGUUCCUGUCACUGCCAAUACCAGCUUCCUCGCAAAUUUUAUCCUAAUAUGAUACACCGAGUUUGGGCGAAGAGCAUAAUAUUGGAUGAAGAUUUGCAAAAUACCACUGAAGGUGAAUACACUGCUUGGGUUAUGUGGUGAAUCAUACCUGAGACGUAAUACACGGUUCAUCCAUCAGCGUUCCAUAAUUGUAUUGACUUUCAAAUAAAUGUUCUCUCAAUCGCAUCCUACCAGCGCUGCGCGUUCGCACCAUGUUCCCACACAGGGAGAUUCCUUCUCACGAGAGUGUGGUGUGUUCUAGUUAUGAUUUAUUUACCAACGUUGGGCGGGCCUACUUGCAUCACUAUUAGAUCUGGUUUUAUCGUAUGCUGACGGGGUGAAAGUAAAGGAUUACUCUUCCUGUACGGAGGCUAAAUCUAUAUCGUUUGAUCAUCAUACCGUCAUUAUCCAAAUUGGGGUACGUAGAGAGGUGUGGCAAUGGGAAUCAAAGGGUUGAGUGGUUUCGUUCACAAAUACCCCAAACCUUUAUUAGAAGAUAUCAAUGUGAGUGACACAAAAGUUAUCAUCGAUGGAUCAGAAUUGCUGUAUUUUCUUUACUUUGAUUGUGGCCAUUUGGAUUCCAGGCGUGGCGGCGAUUAUACGUCAUUUCGAUCUACAAUAGAACAAUUUGUCGCAGUAUUGAACCGUUGCCGUAUUCAACCUUACGUGGUAUUUGACAGUUUCAAAUCGAGAAACAACAUAACAAGAUUUCUCGAAGAGAAAACUGCCAGAUUGGGUGGUAUAAGAGAACUGGUGAACUCUGGGAAUUCAAGAAUACAAGAAAAGCCUUUACUUGGAAAGGAUGUGUUGAGGCAAACUUUAACUGAACUUUGUGUCCCUUUCAUUGUUGUUCCUGGAGAUGCGGAUGCCCAAAUCGCCGCAAUUGCCAACGAACUUGACGCGAUGGUUCUUGCGUCGGACACAGAUUUCUGUAUAUUUGACGUCAACAAGGGAUUUCUUUUUAUGAGCGACUUCAAAUGGCAAGAGGUAACACGACCUCAACGGUCUUGUCGAGGGAAAAUAUUUCGUCAGUCAAUCUUGGAAAUUACGUUUGGAACUCCGAGGAAUGCGUUAUCUGUUCUCGGGGCAUUGAUGAGCACACAAGACGGAAUCCUCGGUGGAAGAUUCGAGGAUUUCCUGCAAGUUUUUCCUGGGGAAGUAAGGGGUCCGAGGAAUCUCCGAAAUGCGAUUGAAUGUGCGUUGGUGUGGCUGGCCCGUUAUCAAAGUAACGAUCAAAUUAUCCCAUUAUUCGUGGCAAACAAUCCAAACUUUCCAGAAGAAAGAUUCAGAGAAUAUUUACGUAUAUAUCAACAGCUUCCUGAUAUUCAAACCUAUGUGGAUACGUUGCUUAACGGUGGCGAAUCAGCUGACGUAAAGCCAGAUUGUUUUGAGAUCGUCGAAGGAAUGCAAGACCCAGCGAGUUUCAUGCCGCUUAUGGUGGAUAACCCAGAGAACAGCACUUCCCAUGUAGCAUCGUUUUCGAUUCGCCAAUCGCUCUACGAAUUGGGAUGUAUCAUCCAUUUUAACAGGGAGGAAAAUGAUAGUGUGGUUGAACGUCAUAUUGUAGAAAUGGAUCGAAUUGGGCAAAAUUAUGCAGCAAACGUGAUGGCAGUGACAGUUCCAAACGCGGACCAAACAGAAGAAUUACAUCUUGAAAUGACACGGGAAGAAUUAAGAGCAUGCGACACUCGUGAAGUAAUCAUGGCCGCACGAGAAAAAUAUCUUACGGAAGCUAUGAUACAGAAUGCGGAUUUUUCAGAUGCAGCUGUUCUUGGCGAGGAAAACAAGCUUCUCGUUUUAAGUAUUUACAGUUGGGCAAGAUGUCAAGAACAGGCACCACUAGACGAAGUGUGUAAAGCACUAGCACUGACGUUUUCGUGUUCUUACAAUGAGAUCGGUGGUGACUCCUUGCCAGAUGCUUUUCGUCAAAUACCUAAAAGCAGUUAUGACAAGGUAGCAUUGCACUUUUCUGCACAAUGGCAAACCAUUAUUUGCGAAGCAAUGCGACUAAACAACCUCUUAGGAUGCCCAAUACCCAAUUCAAAAGUUGGCCACCUUUUCUCUGGUACGAUGUUUCAGAAAGCACACGCUUUCUUUCUACAGAAUGAAGACCUGGCGAAUAAUGAUGUCGCCGACCUGCUGUUUUAUGAAUUGGAAGAACCGAAGCAGUUCUUUAAAAAAGUUCUUGAUGUUAUGAUUGGAGGACAAUAAAUGGAUUUUAUUUCAUUUUAAAU